AUGCAAAAACAAUCAAAUUCAAAUCUUAAUGAAAGACAAUCAGAAUCAAACUAUCAAUUUACUGAAUCCUACUUACGAUCAAUAAUAAUAAAUUCAUUAGAUAAUUUAAAUUAUUCAAAUGCUGAAUUUGCCUGUGAAAGAUUAAUAGCUAUAGAUAAAGAACAACAACAACAUUCUAUAAAUUUAGAAUCAAUAUAUUUAUAUUGUUUAACUUUAUACAAGCAAGAUAAAAUUAAAUCAUGUUAUAGAAAAUUAAUUGAAAUUAUAAAUGGAUCAAGUUCGAAAAUUGAUGAUGAUAUAAAUAAUCAAAAUAUAAUAAAUGAAGGACAAAAUUUAAAUUUAAAUCAUUUAGGUUGUUUAUUUUUAUUUGGAAAAUGUUGUUUAAAAUUAGAAAAUAAAUCAAAAGAUGCAAUAAUUCAAUUUCAAAAAUAUAAACAUUUAUAUGAAAAUGAAAAUCAAGAACAACCUGUACCAAAGAUUAAUUUUUUUGAAAAAAAUAGAUCAAUUAUACCUGAUAUAUCAAUAAUUUAUCAUUUAUUAGGUGAUUUAUAUAAUGAAAUAAAUGAUUCUAAAUCAAGUUGUUUCAAUUAUUUAAAAUGUUUAAAAUUUAAUCAAUUUGAUUUUGAAGCUUUACAAAAAUUAUGUAAAAUGGGAAUUGAUGUUAAAAUUAAAAAUAUUUAUAAAUAUCAAAAAAUUAAUUUGAAUUUAUCACAGCAAGAGGGUGAGCAAUUAGAUCGACAAUUAUAUCCGCAAAAUUUCGAACAACAACAACAACAUUUUAAAACUCCUCAAAAUUUGGGUACUCAUGAAAUACCCGAUUUGACUAAUCCCUUUUCAGAUAAGCAACAACAACAACAACAACAGCAACCACAAGAUACUAAUCCAUUAAAAACACCCACAAUACAUGUUGAUGAAUUUAAAUAUUCAACACCAAGAAUAAGAAGUGCUUCAAUACCUGAUGCUCCAUUACGUAAAUCAAAUUUAAAUACCAAUGGAAUUAAUCAACCUCAAAAUAGUAGUCACCAAAACCAAGAUAUGACAAAUACAUCAAUAACUAAUAAUACAUUUGAAUUUGCUAAACCAAACUAUCAAGAUAAUAAAAAACGAAAUAGUAACAGUAGUCUUAAAAAUAAUUAUUCAAAAAUAACAUCAAGAUUAAUUUCACAUCCUCUGCAACUGCUGCAACAACCAACAAAUAAUAAUCCAAUGGAAACACCUCAUAAGAAAAAUUUAAAAAGAAAUAAUUCAAUAAUAUUAGAAAAUACAACAAAUACAAAUCAUAAUACGUUAAAUUCCAAACAUUUUAAUUCAAACAUGUCAUCAUCAUCUAUAAAUUCAGCUCCAGUUAUACAUCAAUUACCAAUGUCAACAAAUAUAUCAAAUUCAAUUUCAAACAAUCAACAACAACCUUCAAUAAUGUAUUUAAAAGAAAUUGAAAAAACAGAAACUUUUUUGCUUAAUAAAUAUCUGAUUUUUGCAAAAGCGUUUAAGAAGCUAUGUAAAUAUGAUUGUUAUAAAGCUAUAAAGAUAUUAGAAACUCAAAUAAAUGAAGAAGAUCAAUUGACACCAUGGGUCCUUAGUAAAUUAGGUAAAUUAUAUUAUGAAAUAAUGAAUUAUUCAAAAUCAGAAAUUUAUUUUAAAAAAUUAAGAGAUAUAGAUAGAACAAGAAUUGAAGAUAUGGAAAUUUAUUCAACUUUAUUAUGGCAUUUACAUAAAAAAAUAGAUUUAACAUUUUUAUCAAAUGAAAUGUUUGAUAUUGAUUCUCAAAAUCCUAUUACAUGGUGUAUUAUUGGGAAUUUAUUUUCUUUAAAUCAUGAACCAGAUGAAGCAAUAAAAUGUUUUAACAAGGCAAUUAAAUUAAAUUCUAAAUUUGUUUAUGCUUAUACAUUAAAGGGACAUGAAUAUUUUAGUAAUGAUAAUUAUGAAAUGUCAUUAGAAAAUUUUAGAAUAUCAUUAUUAUUAGAUCAAAGACAUUUUAAUUCACUUUAUGGUAUAGGAAUGAUUUAUAUGAAUUUAGGAGAUUAUUCAAAAUCAGAUUAUUAUUUUAGAAAAGCAAUAUCAAUAAAUCCAAUAAAUAUAAUAUUAAUAUGUUGUUGUGGAAUGAUCUUGGAGAAGUUAAAUAAAAAACAACUAGCAUUAAAACAAUAUGAAUUAGCAUGUAAAUUACAACCAAAAAAUCCAUUACCAUUAUUUAAAAAAUCUCAAUUAUUAUUUAGUUUAAAAAAUUAUAAAUUAUCAAUAAAAAAUUUUGAAAUUUUAAAAAAUUUAGCUCCUGAUGAAGCAAGUGUUCAUUUCUUGUUGGGUCAAUUAUAUAAUUUAACAAAUAAUAAAUCAUCAGCUAUAAAAGAAUUUACUAUUGCUUUAACAUUAGAUCCAAAGGGGAAUUAUUUAAUAAAAGAAGCAAUGGAAUCUUUAAAUAGUUGA